GUGCCUUGAAAUUUUUCCGAAAAUUGUCGCGUUUGCGUUUUCAUUCUGUUUAGGUUGACCACCUAAUUUGUUGUCACUGAUAGGAGUGAAGCCCAUUUUAUUCGCUAAUUCAGAAGUUAGCACUCCAAUAUCCAAACAAUACUGUGCCAAACAAUUGUCUUCAGAUCUCAUUUUCCAAGUACAUAUUCAAAGAUUGUGCACCUUGCUCUGUUUUAGGAAGCCACUUGUGCCAUGCACAGAAUGUGAAUUUUUUUCAAAUUUCAAAGAAAUUUGAUGCAGCAAUGUUAAUCUGAAGGAAGAAUGAAAAUGGACGUUGAACGUUCCUUUGAUUUAAGUGUGAAUUCUGACAAAAUGCAUUCCCUGUGUCUAGCAGUAGAAAUAUGUGUUGUUUGCGGUGACAGGGCUUCAGGCCGGCAUUAUGGUGCAAUAAGUUGUGAAGGGUGCAAAGGAUUUUUCAAGCGAUCAAUCCGGAAGCAGCUAGGAUAUCAGUGCCGCGGUAGCAAAAAUUGUGAAGUGACGAAACAUCACCGCAAUCGAUGUCAGUAUUGUCGACUUCAAAAGUGCCUGAACAUGGGCAUGAGGAGUGACUCGGUGCAGCAUGAAAGGAAACCAAUCUCUGAUAAAAAAGAGUUUUCGCAGGAUAGCAAUGUCUCCAAUUAUUCCAAUAAUAAGUUAUUUAUCCGGAAGGAUUUGCAAUUCUCGAAUUAUCAAUCUGCCGGUGGCUUUAACUUAUCCAAUUUUGGUAUGAUGAGCCCACUAGGAUUUGGUUUAAGCUUUGAUGAUGUUGUUUCGAGGCAGAGUUCACCGGCAGCAGAUGAAGAAAGCUCUUUAGAUAGCGGUUCCCGAGAAGAAGAUUUUGUAGAUGCUUUUUGGAAUGUUCAAGACAAAUCUGUAAUCAAUAGUGCUCUAGAUACAAUGGCCAAAGUCAUUAAGAAGAAUGUCAAUGAUGAAGAGGCCAACACUUCGGAAAAUGAAGAUGAAGGGGUGGUCUCCGAGGACCCUUUGUUGUGGCCUGCCUUGGUUCCAUUUGUGCUGUACGCUCCUAAUUCUAGUCCAUUUUCGAAGUAUGUGGUCACGUACUAUAUGUGCGAGUGUGCAUCGAGACUUCUCUUCCUUACAGUGCACUGGGUACAAAAUUUUCCUGCUUUUAAGAAGCUAAGUUUUAACACACAAGUGGCUCUCCUAAAGCAUGCUUGGCCUGAACUAUUUUUUCUGGGACUAGUGCAAUGUUCACAAAAAAUUUCCUUGUCUACAAUCCUUUCCUCUAUAGUCAAUCACCUACACAUAUCUGUGACUUUAGAAAAAAUAUCUGCUUCAAGAGUGAAACAGGUCAGUGAUCAUAUUUGCCUUCUUCAAGACUACAUCUCGGGAAUGAGUAGUAUGUCCGUCAAUGAUCACGAGUUUGCGUACUUAAAACUGAUCUCUCUUUUUAGCUCAGAUCACCCUGACAUAGGUAACCGGCUCAGUAUUUGCAAACUUCAAGAAAAAGCAUUCCAAGAGUUGCGGGAGUAUGUACGAGCAAGUUCUCCCAGCGAUGAAGACAGGUUCCCAAAAUUGCUGUUGAAGCUACCGCCUCUGCGGACUUUGAAUCCGCAAGUUAUGGAAGAGCUAUUUUUUGCAGGCCUCAUUGGUUUUAUUCAAAUUGACAAUAUUAUCCCGCAUAUCCUCCAAAUGGAUUCCACGGAUCCCAACAAAUUAAAUCAGUUGAGUGCCGGACUAGGACCCCUAAAAUUCGAAUUGAAUAACGACAAGUAUUAACUUAUUGGAAAGACUCCACUUCUUAAAUUUUAACUUUUGUUAAGUUAAGUGCAAUCUGACUGGUUUUUUUUUUCUUCCAAAAAAAGGGAAAGUUUGUUCCAGUAUCUUAUUUUUUUCUGUUGUGAUAAUCGUUCCAAUAAGUUAAUUUAGUUGAGUUUGUCAAAUUGUUAAGCUGUAAGUUGUCCUCCGCCACGUGAGUUAAAUUAUCAUUAUUUACUCUAUUUUAGUUUUUAUCAUCCACUGUGAUUCAGUUCGAUUAUUUUAUAUACUUCGACUCCAGGUUUCUGGAUCAAACCUGACUUAUCUACCGUGCUAUAGUAUUCUGUUUGCAUUCAUCGAGAUGCUUCAAAAUAAAAAUGUUUGAUGGGAACCCGAAUAAUUUUUCUUAA